AUGCAGGCACUGUUGGAGUAUGCGGAGGAGAAACCAGGUGGCAACACGUCAUUGGCCGAGGAGUCUCUGCACCUCCUCGGCUGUGUGAGGACGCCAGAAGCAGCAUGCGAUCUCCUCGUGCGAGCGGGCGCCCUUCCACUGCACUCCCACUCCUUCCGCCUCGCUGCCUCCGCCAUGCCUGCAACCUUCCCAGCAACUGUCGCCGAUUACUCUGCCAGUCUCGCAGCAAACCCCCCUCCAGAUCCUGAUCAGAGCAUACGUGUUGAUUUGACACAUCUCAAAGUCUACACCAUCGACUCAUACGAUACAGUAGAAGUGGACGAUGGCUUGAGUGCAGAAACCCUACCAGACGGCCGGAUCAAGGUGUGGAUACACGUGGCUGAUCCGAGCCGCUGGAUGAGGCUCGGCGACAGGCUCGACACAGAGGCUCGGAAACGAGCCACGUCCGCGUAUUUUGCUACAGGAGUCGUGCCUAUGAUUCCGUUCUCUCUUGCUGCGGGUCCCAUGAGCCUCUCUCUUCCUCCUGCUCCUCCUCCUCCUGCUGCCGAUGCUGCUGGUGCUGAUGGUGCUGCUACUGGGAACUCUGCUUCUGCUGUCGUUUGCGCGGUUACAGUAGUAGUCACACUGAAUCCCGAUUUCAGCAUUGAUGACGUGGACAUCAUGAAUUCCUUCAUCUGCCCGACCUACCGCCUAGCCUACGACCAGCUGCCCGAAAUGCUUGCAAUGGCCGGCGAACACGAACCAGAGCUUCUCCUCCUAUCAGACGUCGCCGCCGGCCGGUUACGUUACCGCAUGCAAAACGGGGCGGCGAAUAUUUCCAUCCCUGAAUCCGACAUCAAAGUUUUUUCCGCCACGUCACACUGCCCGGAAAUCUCGGUCAGCACGAUCGACCAAUCCGACCCGUCCCGGAGGCUCGUGUCCGAAGCUAUGGUCCUCUGCGGCGAGGCUGUGGCUAGGUUCGGCGCCGAACGUGACCUGCCGCUGCCGUACCGAGGCCAAGGCCCUCCGGACCGAAUGACAGAUGAGGAUGAGGAGGAUAUGCAAGCGCUCCCCGAGGGGCCGUGCAGGGCCGUGCAUUUGCGAUCGUUUAUGAGUCGCAGUGAGAUUAAAUGCUCCGGGCCGAUUCCGCAUGCUGGGUUGGGACUGCAGGGGUAUGUGCAGUUCUCAUCACCCAUCAGAAGAUAUUCCGACCUGCUGGCUCAUUAUCAGGUAAAAGCGCUACUAAGGGGUGAGCCCCCUCCGCUAUCAGUAUCAGAUCUCGACACAAUCGUAUCUCACUGCACCGCUCGGCAGCGCGAGGUGCGGCGGGCGGAAGGGGCGGUGGAGCGCUACUGGCUGCAGGAGUACCUGCAGCGGCUGCCGGCCAAUACCGUGCUGACAGCUGUCAUGCUCAAGUGGCUCCGGGCUGAUGGGAGUCCGCUGGCGCUGAUGCUGGUGGAGGAGGUGGGGAUGGAGACAGUGAUGAAGAUGCAAAGGGACGUGCGGGUUGGUGACUCAGUCGAUGUGAUUAUAGCAGAGGCAGAUCCUGUAAGGGACAAGCUGAGGCUAGUGGAAGCUCCCCCGAGCUACAGAGAGGCUCAGAUGAGGGGUUUGGCGGACGGGGGAGAGGAAGGGGAGUUGGAGGAUGAUGGGACCGAUGGUGGUGUUGGUGAUGGGGAGGGGGAGAGCAAUGGGGAGGGGUUGAGCAGUGGAGAGGCAUGGGAGGAUGAGGCGGAUCCUGCAAGGGACCAGCUGGGGGUGGUGGAAGCACCCCCUCAAAUGACAAGUUUGGCUGGCAGCGACAAUGGUGUUUGGCGAAGUCGUGACAAUCCAGUUGUAACGCUCUUCACGGCGGGUGCAACGUCAAGCCCCCCAACGUCACCUUCAGCAUCCCUCUCAGCAUUCCUCCCCGGCGGAAGGCUGCCUACCGCGUCCUCUGCUCAGGCCACUCCUUUGGUGAAAGGGAAGGUGUUCUUGCGCUAUGUGGCCACGCUCACUCCCACUCGCAGCAACGGAAAGGUUGUUGGCGACCAAGGAGCAACUGGAAGGGUAGUUAUAAAAGGAGUCAAGGUCAAUGCAAGUGACAGCUACGUGGUGCUCAACGCGCGUGUCAACAACAUCAAGUCUGGAGGGGCUGGGCCCUUCGCGGGCGUCUUUUCAUACUGCCUUGCCAGCUCGUUUGACGAAGAUUUUGACGGCUACAAAUGGAAGAACAUCACAAGCACCAGGGGUGGUCAGCUCAAGCGCUACAGCUUCACUGCCUCGUAUGUUGGGGGCCCAGUGAAACAGGCCGAGGCUCGGAUGUUAAUUGAACUCUAUACAAUAGGCCCGUAUUCGGUUGUGUCGCACCCGAAAAAUGACUAUGCACUCUGCGGGAAGAUGAAAAAGGUGUGA